AUAAAGGUUAAGUUUUAAUGGUAAUUUCAUUUUGGAUAGCUCCAACAAGGACAUGAUGAGAGUUGGUAUAAGCUUCGCGACGUUUUUGAUUUGUUUUACAAAAGUGACGUCACUUAAAGACUAUAAUUUUAAAUUGCAAUGCGGUAGUAAACCAAUCCAGAUAACUAAUGGUGCCAUUACACUGUCAUAUUCUUCAACAUCACCCAUAGCUUACAAUACAACAUGUACUGUCAGAGUAUUUAGUCCUAUCUCAAAGUAUCCGGCCAAUGUUAUAGCCUAUUUUAGAACAUUUACCACAGACUACAGUCAGAAUUGUGUAAAUUCACGAAUGGAGAUAUUUGAUAGCUUGGAAACCACUGGAAGAGCUAUUACAGGACAAAACGGUUUGUGUGGAACUAAAACCAUGGUUGCAUUAUACUACAAUUCAUCACAGCCUUACAUGACCUUCAGGUUUAGAGAUGUUAAAAGGAUUUCACAUUUCCAAAUUACUCUCACGGCAGCACAUACGGGUACUUGUGAAAACAACGAGUUUAGAUGCACUAAUGGCUUCUGUAUAGACAACAGACUAGUCUGUAAUGGGUAUAACAACUGUGGAAAUAGAGAUGACCAGGUCACGUGUGAUGUUUUGGUUUUAACAGCUGGAGCCAUUGUUGGUAUUGUUGUCGGUGUCUUAGUGACUAUUAUAGCAAUCCCCUUAUGUUUCAUAUACCUUAUUUGUCGACCACGACGGAGCCGAAUGGUGUAUAGACAAAUGUAAUGCUAGAAUACAAAUUCAAAUUUAUUUUUUUCUACUUGAUUCGUUUAAAGUUUUUAAGUAGUAGUAUGUUGUUAAAUGCAUGCAUGCAUGGAAUUAAAGAUAUAUUGUUUGCAUGGAAAUUCACACAAAAAGGAAUAUAUACACUUUAGUUGACAUAUACUAGAUCUGUUUAAAAGAGUCUUGAGAGUUCUCUGAAUGGAGCUCUGUCAGGGUGGAAUGGAAGUAUUUCACCAUCUUAGAUUGUAAAUUUGCAGAUGGCAAUAGGUUUAGAGUUUCAAUCAAAUAAGCAAAUGUUGCUGUAGCACAGCCGAUUAUUGAUCAGAAUGUACAUCUAAACAAAUAAAUGU